AUGAUGCCGAAGAAGUCCCCCCAGCUCGACCAAAAUGGUUCAGGAGCCCUGGUAUCGGCCGAACAGUCCAAGGUAGCUCCCACGCUUCAAGAUGUUGACGACCUCGUGAAGCCCCUCUCACAGCUGCCGCAGAGCGAGCGUUCAAACGAAGCCAACACGGAGCGCGCUUUCAUCGCGGCCUCCCGACGUUCGGAUCGAACCCUCGAGGCCCGUAUGCAAUCGGCCCAAAAGGCGAGCCAGGUCCACAAGGAACGCACCGGCAAGGGUUUCCGCAUCACGGAGCAAAUCGUGCUGCGAGAAGAGAUGUACGAAGAGGACGACGACGGCCUACCGUCAUCGUACCGCCUGCUGGGGCCCAACAUGCAGACGGAUUCCGCCGUGCUGAACUCGAGAGUUGACGCCUUUCUCGCCCACAGGAUGGAACUCUCCCAGAUGGUAGGUAAGGCCAACGAGGAAUGGCGCAACAACGAGGUCAACAAGCGGUUUGCCGAACAUUUCGGUGACUUUCUCCAUCUGCAGCAGAGGGCUUCACCCCAAGAGCCCUCCAACAUGGCCGCCAACCCGGCCCAGUACCCGCCGCCCGCCUUCUUCUCCGAAGCCCAGAUGGCGGACUUGGCCGAGUUUGACCUGUCGCAGAUGACACCCAUGACGCCCAUGACGCCCAUGUCACCGGGCUCGCCGAUGCCGCAGCUCACGCAGAUGAUGCCGAUGGUACCCAUGUCGCAGAUGGCACAGUUGACCACCCAGGUUCCCCAGGCACCGCCCCAUAUGACGCAGAUGGCACCGAUGCCGACCAUGGCAAUGCCGCAGAUGACGCAGGUACCGGAGAUGGCACAGAUGGCGCAGAUGGCGCAGAUGGGACAGAUGGGACAGAUGGGACAGAUGGGCCCCAUGACCCCGAUGGCCCCGAUGGCCCCGGUGGCCCCGGUGACUCCCAUGACGUACGCGCCGCCGACCUUGAGGACGCGACCGUGCUUCCAGAUCGUGCCGAGCAAGAAGCGAAGAAAGCCCAAGGCUCGAGCCAAGGCUCGAGUCGGGGCAUCCGUCAAGCCCAAGCCCACCAAGAUGACGCCCCCCAAGGCGAGCCCGAGUGGUGGCGAUGGUGCCAACUCGGACUCGCCCGUCGUCUUGACAAGCCCCAGCACGACGCCGCCUGAGACGUCGUCGGUCGGCGAGGUGGCCCCCGCCGACUCGGCCUUCACACCCGAGCUGCCACCAGAGGCGAGCAUGAUACUGAGGGGCGAGGACGUGAACAUGGGCACGAGCGCUGCCGGCCUGUCGAUGCAGGCGCUGGACUGGACCAACCUGGGACCGUUCGACGAUCCCACCGAACUUCCCACGCCCCUCAAGCUCGACGAGUUGCCAGGUGCCAUGAUGCCCGACAACGCCACCAACGGCUACAGUUCGGGCCACCAGCACGACGAACUCGAUCUGCUGUGGGGUCCUCUCUUCGAUGAUGAAGCCUUCUUCGGCACCAAGAUGUAA